AAUGCUCUAUUUUUAUUUCUAGAAACCAGCAAAUAUCCUAGUAAUGGGAGAAGGUCCUGAGAGGGGGAGAGUCAAAAUAGCUGACAUGGGCUUUGCCAGAUUAUUCAAUUCUCCUCUAAAGCCUCUAGCAGAUUUGGAUCCAGUAGUUGUGACAUUUUGGUAUCGGGCUCCAGAACUUCUGCUUGGUGCAAGGCACUAUACAAAAGCCAUUGAUAUAUGGGCAAUAGGUUGCAUUUUUGCUGAAUUGCUGACUUCAGAACCUAUUUUUCAUUGUCGUCAGGAAGAUAUAAAAACAAGCAAUCCCUUUCAUCAUGAUCAACUCGAUCGAAUAUUUAGCGUCAUGGGAUUUCCUGCAGAUAAAGACUGGGAAGAUAUCCGAAAGAUGCCAGAAUACCCCACACUUCAAAAGGACUUUAGAAGAACAACGUAUGCCAGCAGCAGCCUCGUGAAGUACAUGGAGAAGCACAAGGUCAAACCUGACAGCAGAGUGUUCCUCUUGCUUCAGAAACUCCUUACUAUGGAUCCAACCAAGAGAAUUACCUCAGAGCAGGCCCUGCAAGACCCCUAUUUUCAGGAGGACCCCCUGCCAACAUUAGAUGUGUUUGCUGGCUGCCAGAUUCCAUACCCCAAGCGAGAAUUCCUUAAUGAAGACGAACCUGAAGAAAAAGGUGACAAGAACCAGCAACAGCAGCAGAACCAGCAUCAGCAGCCCACCGCCCCUCCACAGCAGGGCGCAGCCCCUCCGCAAGCACCUCCACCCCAGCAGAACAGCACCCAGACCAAUGGGACUGCAGGAGGAGCGGGUGCUGGGGCAGGGGGUGCCGGAGCAGGGCUGCAGCACAGUCAGGACUCCGGCCUUAAUCAGGUGCCUCCGAACAAGAAACCACGGCUUGCACCUUCAGGCGCAAACUCAGGCGGACCUGUCAUUUCGUCAGAUUAUCAGCACUCCAGUUCUCGGCUGAAUUACCAAAGCAGCGGCGUUCAGGGAUCCUCUCAGUCUCAGAGCGCCCAGUACCACCCAUCUCACCAGGCCCACCGAUACUGACCAGCCACCACCCAGAGCACAGACUCUAGCAAUAUGUCUGCAUUGAAGAGAACCAAAAAAAAAAAAAAAUUAAUUAAAUAAAAUUAAUGCAAACUGUGAUGCUGUUUAAAACUCAUCCAAUCAGGAGGACUCUGUCAGACUGAGGGUACUGCAGAAGUCUCUUGUUCAUUGACUUAAAGAAGAUCUUUUGUGAAGUUUCCCCAACACCCUUUUCCCUGCAUGUGUUCCAUUGUGACUUCUCAGAUAAAGUGUCUGAUCUAAUCCCAGCACUUAACUUCUGUUCCCUUCAGCAUUUUUUGGAGGGGUUUCCUGGUGCACCUUUCUCACGCUGUAGCAAUCACUGUCAUUUAUCUUUUCAGAGCUCUUUUAAUAGGAUUUUAAUGUCUUAGAAAAACACAGGACUCCGGUGGUGUAUAGUUUUAUAUCUCAUGGACUUACCUAGCGACAGGUUUUUUUAAAAGAAGAAAAAAAUGCACCUUUUAAAGCACUACGUUGUUUUCACAAAAUAUAACUGUUUUGCUCGUGGAAGUCUUAAACAGGAACCGUUACUGUCCCAAAGUUCUUUACUAUUAUGUUUUUAUUUAUCUAGAUUCAGGGAAGAUCUAAUAAAAAGACAGCUGGCGGGACAGAGAGGACCUACAACCAAAAGUCUUGAACUUUUGUAGCUACGAUGCUUUCUGUGGCAAAGAACGAAAGUGUGUUGGUGUUUGUAUAAUCAGUCUAUGGAACGUAGUUCCCAGAAUCACCUUCUUCUGACUAGUAUUCAGUAGUUGAGAUUUAUAACUUUAACCGUAUGUAGCUGAGUCUACCUUUAAAAAGGGUUUUAAGAGCUUUGAUGAAAUGUAGUCCUCUGGUGACAGAUACCAGAAAGCUGAAGCAAAUAUUCACUGCCCUGGGAUUCCUUUAAAGAGUAAUCUCGAUCAAAAGAUGUGUUAUUUCCCUUUGGAGGAAAAGCUUUUAGCUUGUGUUGUACAUAAACUGGCUUUUGUAAAGAACCACUGGUUUCUUCAGAUCUGGGUCAGCUUGAGCAACUUUCUCACAUAGCCAAGGGUAUUCAAGUAGAAGCCUGCAAAUUAAUCUGUUUUUAAAAUAAAGCGCAGUUUUCUCCAUUCAUACUGCAUUAGACAUAGAGUGACUCUUUUUACAGCAUGUUAAGAAUUUGGGUUUGAUUUAUGUUUAAAGUGUAUUAUGUGUGCAUAAGUUUGCUAUUGUUCCUGAAACUUCAUUUUAUCCAGAAUGUUUUCAUUGCACUGAAUGCUUUAUUUUGCCCCUAGGAGAAAAAACUGAGUGAUCGUGCCUAAAAACAAAAAACAAACAAACAAAAAAAAAACCUACAGGCAGGUAAUAUAAGGCUAUACUAGGUGUAAAGUGCAGAUUUCUAUCUCCACUGUUGAUGAAUUAGAAGCUGAGUUCUUUCUUAGCCAGUUCAAGGAACCUUCUGACUCCACAGAAGCCCAUGAAAGUGUAGGCUUAGAGCUCCUGCUAUAAAAGGGGCAAGAAAUUUGUAUUUUGAAUGCUGCUAGCAGCACCAGCCUUGCUUUCAGUAUUUUCUUGAACUAGAAGAAAUGGUCGAUUGUUGUAUAUCAAGUUAUAUGCAUUUUUUUUUUUUUUACUAUUUUUUGUGAACUUAACUACCUGGUUAUGAUACUCUGGGUCCAUACACAAGUAAAAGUAAGAUUUUUAGACAGAAGCCAGUAUACAUUUUGCACUAUUGAUAUGAUGCUGUAGCCAGCAAGGACCUUACUGAUCUCAGCAUAGUAAUGCUUCCUACUAAUAAAGACUACCAUAUGAAACUUAUCAACCCUGAAGAUGAAACAGUGGACAUGCCCCAUUGGGAGGAAUUCCUAAUUCUCCAUGGUAAUGUACCCCCUUCCACUUUUUUAAUGUAAGAAAUUAACAGCCCCCUGGAUAAUGUAACUACCUGUAUAAAGUUCUUUCUUGUGCCCUGAAGCCUCACUGUCUAGAGAUUCUGGUCAUCAGGUGCUCAUUGUAACCUGACCAGGUGCCCAGUGCCCUGCUAGCAAGACAUUCAUUCUUCUGCCCUCAAGGGCCUUCUCGUGGCUCAGGACAGGAAGCUCUUCUGGGAUGUGUUUGCUGUCUGACUGGUUUCUAAAUGAGAGGGGCCUUUGGUUGGCCUCUAAACCCAUGUAGAGUGGUCAUUCGAAGCCCUGUCAAUAGCAAGCAGUGUCAGGAAGAGAUUUCUAUGUCUAUACGCCUUCAGGAGAGACUCACUGGUUUCAUCAGUGUCAGUCACUCUUGGCAUUCCUCAUUUCCUUUUCCAUGUAAAAAGGGAAGGAAGCUUUUAAUACCCUUCAGGAACCUAAAAUUGUAGGACCUCAAAGGAAACCUGCAAAGCUUUUUUUUUUUUGGGGGGGGGGGAAACAACUUUGUGCUUCCUAAAUGACCACAAUACUUUCUGGAAAUUGAUCACUGUUGUGGCCCCCAACCCCAAAUUGGGGGUGGGGUUAUCCCUUAGCAAAUGGAAACACCCAAACCAGGAGAGAAGUUGGUUUUCUAUGCUCUCCUUUAUUUUUAUUUUUAUUUUUUUAACAAAUCAGUUUUCCCAUUUACUUUCUGGUGAGGUUUGGGGAAAGUUUCCAGACUUUGUGAAGAGCCAAGUUCGAGGGUGUUAAGGGAGCGUUGGCGGCAGGGCCUGAAGCUACAAGGCGGGAACAAUCCUUGUGAUGAAGUGUAGAUCAUGCAGUAACAUGUAGAAAUCAAGGACGUGUAUAUUUUUAUAUCUUGUGUGGUUUGAAAACUUUAGUACUUAGAAUUUUGACCUUCUGCACUACUCCUGUUUUGCUCAUAUACAUGUAAUUGACUCAAGAACAGGAAGGGACGACAUUCAUAUGUUCACUGUCUCAUUCCUGGUGAAGCAGCUUCUAGUUCGAGGCCUCUAAAAUGCUGCUAAUGUUCUCUGUUACCGGUGGAAGGAGAGAAAGGAGUGGGGGGAAUCCAACUUGUAGCUUAGUCUGCUUGGAGUACACUGACUAGCAGGUACUCAACAAUGAAGGAAGAAGUCUAUGAAAAUCAGUCGCAAACUCUGAACUCCAUGGCAAUACCUCCCAAGGGGAUGGGAGGAGGCAUUGAAGUCGUUUAGAAUGAAGGCAGUGUGAAGAAUUCAAGGCCAAGUAACAUUUUAUAGGAAAUAUAGCUGUUUCGGUUGCCAUAACCUUCAAGAAUAGUCACAAAUGUCAUAGUGCAAAGUUCAUCUCCUUUAGAAUUCCUUAAUAGCGUGUUGUAACUAAGGCCAUAUCUACUCUUCUGUGCUACCACUGCAAAGGGGUGAUGUGUAUGUAUUAUAUGAAAAAAAAAUUCUUAAUGCACUGUUAUCUCCUAAAUAUCUAGUAAAUUAAUACUAUUUAAUUUUUUUAAAGAUUUGUCUGUGUAGACACUAAAAGUAUUACACAAAGUCUGGACCGAAGAUGUCCUUUUUAACAGCAAUUCAAAGUACUUUUUAUAUAUGUUACGUAGUAUAUAUCCUUUCUAAACUGCCUAGUUUGUAUUCCACAUAAUUCCUCUUUGUGAAGUAUACCUGUCCUUGUCUCCCCCCCCCCCGUCAUUUUUCUGCACACAACCCUCUGUAUAUGAUUCUAGAGACGGCUGUCUGCUUCCACACGCUGCUGUGAGGUGUGCACUCAGAGCCGGCUGGCCCCCAUCUCCGUCCGGGGGGGAGGGGUGUACAGGAAAAGCUGCCUCUUGGAGCUGAGUGUUCCCUGCUUUUUUAGUUGUUCUGACAUUCUUCUUGAAAUGACUGUUAAAACUAAAAUAAAUUACAUUGCAUUUAUUUUAUAUUCUUGGUUGUAAUAAAAUGUAAUUGACUUUG